AGUCAAGAAAGCAGGUGAAGAAAAGCAGUGAAAGAGAGGAUCGGAACCGAGGUUUUGAUCUGAAAGUGGAGCGUAGAUGGAGGAGCAGCAUAAGAAUGGCGGGAACAAGUAUAGCAUAAUAGUCCCAACCUACAACGAGCGUCUGAACAUCGCUCUUAUCGUCUUCCUCAUCUUCAAGCAUCUCCGGGAUGUCGACUUUGAAAUAAUUAUUGUUGAUGAUGGGAGUCCAGAUGGGACUCAAGAAAUUGUGAAACAACUGCAGCAAGUGUAUGGUGAAGACCGCAUUCUAUUAAGAGCAAGACCUAAGAAGCUUGGAUUAGGGACGGCCUACUCUCACGGCUUGAAGCAUGCAUCUGGAAACUUUGUUGUAAUCAUGGAUGCUGAUCUAUCACACCAUCCAAAAUAUUUGCCAAGCUUUAUCAAGAAACAGUUGGAAACUGGUGCAAGUAUAGUAACUGGGACGCGUUAUGUUAAAGGUGGGGGUGUGCAUGGAUGGAAUCUUAUGCGCAAACUAACCAGUAGGGGGGCCAAUGUUCUUGCGCAAACACUUCUAUGGCCUGGCGUAUCAGACUUGACUGGAUCUUUCCGGCUUUAUAAGAAAUCUGUGCUUGAAGAAGUCAUCAGCUCAUGUGUCAGUAAGGGAUAUGUCUUCCAAAUGGAAAUCAUUGUUCGGGCUUCCAGAAAAGGCUACCAUAUUGAAGAGGUUCCAAUUACUUUUGUUGAUAGAUUAUUUGGAAGUUCAAAGCUUGGAGGAUCUGAAAUCGUGGGAUAUUUGAAAGGCCUUGCAUAUCUUUUGGUCACAACAUAAAGUUCCACAGAAGAUUAUUACCAGCUAAACUAUUUUUGUCCCCUUUGUGCAUUAUUCAUUUGUUUUUGUAGUGAAUUCUUAGUCUCCAAUUAUAUGAGCCAAUCUCGGUUCUCAGUCAAGUUUGCAAUGAACAUUCCUAUCAUCAGCCUUAUUUUUCUUUUCUUUUCUACUAUAAUUGAAAACCCCUGUUCACAGAUCUGGUUUUUUAGUCGACACUGAGUUUUGGCCAUUUUGUAACAACAUUUCAAAUGUUUAUGAGGUUGUAAUUCCUUUUCCUCCCUAGUGAUGUAAUCUCGCUGUCCAUGGACCAUGAUGGACUUUUGGCUAUGGAACUUUUGCCUUGAACCGAUCA